CAUUGUACAAAAAAAAAAAGAAAAUGUAGUCAUGACAACAAAAAUACUGAAACAGUGAAAACCAUCGUGAAUACUAAUAGUUUUUUUCAUAGUUAUGAUUUUAUCUAAUUACAAGAACAUCUAAAAAACAACGGGGAGAAAUGAUAGUGUUUAAUGUUUGGUCACUUCUUCAAUGGUAUUUACGACCUAUAAUUAAAUGGUUAUUGAGGAAAACAACCAAACUGUGUGAACUUCAAAGAAUAUGCUACGGUGACAAAGCUGGUGCUGCAAGGACUUGCAAUGUAGAAAAGUCAUUAAUGUUGUCACGAACCAGAGAUGUACAAGAAGUUGUUUCUUUCUUAGAUGCUGUAGUUUUAGAAAAACGGUUCACUCCGAAUAAUUUUUACAGCAUUCUUGACCCUGUGUCUAUCAUAAUAAGGGUAAAAAAGAUAAAUCCUAAAUUGCAUGGUUCCUUCAUCGUGUCAUUUAGACGAUGUUUAGAACAAAUAUGGAGUUACAGAAGCUUAGUAAAUGAAAUAGAAGAAUUAAGAAAAACACAAUUUGAUAGUAACAAUGUCGAACAUGAAGAGAAAUUGGUGAGACUAUGGUCACUUUUGGUCCCUCAAGAACCAUUAGAAUCCCGCAUCACAAAGCAAUGGCAAUACAUAGGGUUUCAGGGUGAUGAUCCAAAGACUGAUUUUCGUGGUAUGGGACUUCUUGGAUUAGAAAACUUGUUGUUCUUUGCAUCAGCAUAUCCACAGGCGUCAAGCCAUGUACUUAGUCACUCUCAGCACCCAAAAUAUGGUUAUACAUUUGCAAUAGUUGGCAUUAACCUAACAUCAAUGGCAUAUUACCUGUUGAAAGAUGGAUCAGCUAAAACAUUUAUGUUUAAUGAUAAAUCAUGUCUGCCUAGCGCAACACUGUUUCACAAGUUUUACUGUUACCUAUUUUAUGAGUUUGACAAAAUGUGGAUAGAAUCUAAACCUCAAAAUAUUAUGGAGUUCUCUAUGAUAUUUAAAAAAUUUGAAAAUGCUAUUAGGAUAGAAUUGGCUGACCCAGCUUCAGUAUUUAGGAUAAAUAUUGAAGUGGAUACAGUGUAAUAUUAGUCAAAUUAUACAAGUAAGAUUUACUGAUGCAUGAUUGAUUUAUUGAAUUUCAAAAUGCUUGUAGGUUUGUAAAAUGCUUUAUCAUUUUAUAUUAGACUAUGUUUUAUGACAGUAAAGUAGUUUAGGAAACAUGAUUUAACUAAAAUGAUAGAACCUGUUGUGUCACCCAUUUUCACAACUUGGCACAGUUUUUUUGAUUGCCUUCAAAAGUACCCUUUACUAUUAUUACCAUUGGAAUUACUCCUAUUUAGGAUUUGAUAUUGAAAGCAUUCUUAAAGGACUCCAUUGAUAAGCUCAUGCUAUCUAAUAACUAGUGUGCUAACUUUCAAAGGCUAUAAAGUUGAAAUGUAAUACUAUAUAGCUUGCGUUAAAUAUAUUUUUAUACACAUA